AAUGGAUUUCCUUUUAAAAAAAAUCCAGCCAGCAAAAAAGCCCCCCUGUUUUACUGGUAGUUUUCCUGCUUCACUGCUCAGUGAAUUAUUUGAGGAAACAGCCAGGUGGGUGGGGAAAACAAAGGAGUUAUACACUCCUUGUGGGGUGUGUAAAAGCCUGGAAAGCUUUUCCUGUCAGAGGCCGCUGGUUUGCUCCUGGGGUGAGCUUUGGGCUGUGGGAGGGAUUCCUGGAGAGCGGGAUCACGCUGCCUUGCUGGAGCCUCCCGGGCAAAGUCCUCCCCGUGGCCCCGCCGGGAACCGGAGGCUUCACUGCCUGCGGUCCUGGGCUGGGGAAGCAGCAGGAGUUUGGUCCUGUGUGACAUCCCCGGCUUGCUGCCUCCUCCCAGGUGCCAGGUCACCAAGCAUGGCCACCCAGAUGUUCGAGGGAAGGGGGCAUGCGGCCGUCUACCAGAAAUACAGGUUUGCACCGGGCAAAGAGCUGCAGCAGACCAUCCUCUCCUACCUGCGGGAAAAGAAGGCCAUCCCUGCUCAGCUGGCGGUGGAUGUUGGCUGUGGCUCUGGACAAGGCACCCACUUCCUUGGGGAGCACUUCAAGAAGGUGGUGGGCACAGACAUCAGUGAAGCACAGAUCCAGGAGGCCAGGGCCACCCCCUGCAUGCCCAACAUCUCCUACCUCACCGUGUGGCUUUCCCCCUGUUCCCUCAGCGUGUGCCCAGCAGAGGAGCUGCCGUUCCCGGAGGGCUCCGUGGACGUGCUGACCUCGUUCACGGCCGCGCACUGGUUCCACCUGGAGCGCUUUGCGUGCGAGGCGCGGCGCGUGCUGCGGCCCGGCGGCUGCGUGGCCAUCAGCACCUACACCCUGGACAUGAGCCUGCGCCACGGGCAGUGCUCCCAGCAGCUCACCAGAGUCUUCAGGGAGUGCUGGGACGAGAUUUUAAAAUACUCAAAUGAUAAAAUAAAAUAUGUCUUGGAUGACUACAAAGAGAUCUUUGAGGCCUUGCCAUUCCCAGACAAGAAGAGAAUCACUGAUAUCCACGACCCAAUUCCCAUGACUGUUGAGGGUGUGGUUGGUUACAUGGAGUCCACCUCUUCAUAUCAAACCUUUAAGAAGAAGGACCCUACAGCUGCAACAUCCCUCCUCCAAGAGACUGAAAAAAGGAUGCUGGAGACAAUGGGAGUUUCCUCUCGUGAGACCCCGCUGGAGUUCUUGGUGAGGCAUGUCUGUGUGCUGGGGUGCAAGGAGAGCUGAGAGAGCAAACCCUUCUGAUCUGCUACAGUGGAAGGGGAAGGUGGAUUGUCUCCUAAAACCCUGCUUGUAACUGCUCUUACUCCUUGGGAGGAUUACUGCUGAUUUUGCUGAUUGAAAUGUUGGUCUCCUUUGGAAAGCAGAUGGGGUUUUGUGCCCCUCAGAUUCCUGUCCACCUUGGUCCUGCUGUCUGCCCAGUGCUGCUCCCUCAGCACUGGAAGUGUCCCAUUGUGGAUUGCUGGUUUAAUAUGUGGGGAAGAGAAUCACAGGAACAGCUGAGAAACUCACUGCAUUUCUUACACAAUUAAUAAUUAUAAUUAAAAAUCCAGCUGAGAAAA